UGGAGGUGUCUUGAUGUGGUUGACACUGACUUCUGUGGGGACUAGUGACAGUAGCUCAGAUUUUGAGUGUGUGUUUGUGAAUCUAACGUUCAGGAUAUAGAGAGUUUUUUUAGGAGCAGAGGGCAGGUGCCUUCACGUGUUUGUGCCUGCAUACAGAGGGUUCAGGAGUGUUUAUCUGCAGAGUAAGGGGGGCAAGUGUGUGUGUGUGGAGUGUUGUGUAUGUGUAGGGAUAUUUUUUUAGGGUAGCAUGCCAUGUGUACCAGUGCUCUCUUCGCUUGGCUCUUGUCUAUGCUGGUGCUCUGCUCCGAAGCUAGGAAAGACCAUCCAAAGAAGACCAAAGAAAGAAGAAUACCAUUAGAUCAUCAAAAGUCCAUUAGAGAAGCUAUAAACCCAAACAACAUUUGUUUGGACCUAUCUGACAGCUCUGAUGCUGUCUUUGUGUCGUGGAGGAACCCUAACCGUGUAGUAGGAGACCACUGCUAUGAGAGCACACUACAAUACAGGAACCACUGUGACACGGACUGGCAGGUUGUUGUACUGAAGGAGUUCUCCUACCAGGUGGACAAGCCAGACAGGAAGAGGAGAUAUUACUUCAGGAUACGGAUGAGAUAUGACUGUCUGUUUGGUGAUCUGAAGACUUGGAGUGGAUGGACACCAACUAGAUACUGGAGAAAUGAGACCGAGACAGGUCCCUGUGCCACAGAGAUAAAUGCCAUUGUUUAUGUUGUGACCAUUUUACCUUUGUUGAUCUGUUUCCUGCUGAUAGUCACUUUCUCACAGAAAAGGGUCAGAAGACUCUUCCUACCUCACAUUCCAGACCCCAAACACACCUGUGAAACUCUCUUCAGUAUGGACCAGUUUCAGUGGCACAGUACUUUCACAGAGCCCAGUGUGGAAUGUGAGACAGUUGACAUAGAAAUUGUCAGCACAGCAAAGACUGAGGAGGAAGAAGAAGCAGAGAGGGAAGAUGGACAAGCUGAAGAAGAAUCCACUCAUAUUGACCCGGUUUCUCAUCUAACAGACCUAGGCCUCCAGAGUUACCCUGACUUGGAGGUCAAUGGAACAUACGUGUUCUGGUGAGGGACGGACCAAGAUCUUCAUUUCAAAUUAACAUUACUGAAAUUGUGCUGAUGAGGUGCUUGUGACGAUGAUGGCCUUGGACCAAUGAUGUACUGUAUAUGACUGUAUGUGACAUGAUUGAACCAAAGGACUUGAAAUUUUGCACACUGUUGUCUUUUUUGCACACUUGUAUAGAUUAUUUGAAAUCUUAUUUAUAUCUUUAUUUCUGAUAGAUUUGUAUUUUACCUUUAUUUAACCAGGCAAGUCAGUUAAGAACACAUUCUUAUUUUCAAUGACGGCCUGGGAACAGUGGGUUAACUGCCUGUUCAGGGGCAGAACGACAGAUUUGUACCAUGUCAGCUCGGGGGGUUUGAACUCGCAACCUUCCGGUUACUGGUCCAACGCUCUAACCACUAGGCUACCCUGCCGUAGUACAAUAAAUAAUAAUAAGGACAAGUUAUAUUAUAUACUGAAAAAAAAUAUAAGAGCUGGCAACAAUUUACAAAGAUUUUACUGAGUUACAGUUCAUAUAAGGAAGUCAGUCAAUUUAAAUGAAUUAAUUAGGCCCUAAUCUAUGCAUUUCACAUGACUGGGAAUACACAGAUAUGCAUGUGUUGGUCACAUAUACCUUUAAAAAAUAGUGCCUCACAAUGAGCCUCAGGAUCUCAUCACGGUAUUUCUGUGCAUUCAAAUUGCCAUUGAUAAAAUAUAAUUUUGUUAGUUGUCUGUAGCUUGUGCCUGCCCAUACCAUAAGUCCACCACCACCAUGGGGCACUCUGUUCAUAACAUUGACAUCAGCAAACUGCUUGCCCACACAACGCCAUACCCUUGGUCUGUGGUUGUGAAGCCGGUUGGAUGUACUGCCAAAUUCUAAAAACGAUGUUGGAAGUGGCUUAUGGUAGAGAAAUUAGCAUUCAAUUCUCUGGUAACAGCUCUGGUGGAUAUUCCUGCAGUCAGCAUGCCAACUGCACACUCUCCCUCAAAACUAGAGAUAUCUGUGGCAUUGAGCUAUGUGACAAAAAGUCACAUUUUAGAGUGGCCUUUUAUUGUCCCCCAGCACAAGGUACACCUGUGUAAUGAUCAGGCAAUUUAAUCCGUUGAUAUGCCACACCUGUUAGGUGGAUAGAUUAUCUUGGCAUAGGAGAUAUGCUCACUAACAGGGAUGUAAACAACUUUGUGCACACACUUUUAGAGAAGUAAGCUUUCAGUGCAUAUGGAACAUUUCUGGGAUCUUUUAUUUCAGCUCAUGAAACAUGGGACCAAAUCAAAUUGUAUUGGUCACAUUCACAUGUUUAGCAGAUUUUAUUGCGAGUAUAGCGAAAUGCUUGUAACCAACACUUGACAUGUUGCGUUUAUAUUUUUGUUCAGUGUAUAUUGUUGUUUUGACAUAUUCUGACACAUUUUGUACAUUUUGCAGCGUUAGUUAAUACAUACAUGUUAAAAAAUAUGUUUUUGAAUUAUGUACAUGUUAUAUCGUCUGGAUGUUUAUAUUCUUUCGAGUGUUAUAGAACGAUAAACAAAGAAUAACACAAACACAAAUGUAAAUGCUGAAUAAAACAUACAAAAAAAACAAUAAACAAAUAAAGGAAUGGCUUAGCUUGAGAAUAUUUGGGGCUCAUGAUGUUGUGUAAGAGAUUAUGUUUUGAGCUCAUGUAAGGGGUGCGUAACUGGUAGCAGUGAAGUCCCCCCUUGACGCGCGGCUUCAGCAGCGAGCUGACACCGGCCUCGGGGAUGACCCGGAGGGCGAGGUGCACUGCGGUCCGGACGGAGACGGUGGAAAUCCCGCAGCAUAGAAGGGUCCAACACAUCCUCCUCCGGAACCCAGUAUCUCUCCUCCGGACCAUACCCCUCCCAGUCCACGAGGUAGUGAAGGCCCCUCGCCCAACGUCUCGAAUCCAGCAUGGAUCGAAUGGAGAAUGCCGGGGCAUAGGGGGUGGAGGAACCUCCCGCACCUCAGCUUCCUGGAGCGGGCCAGCCACCACCGGCCUGAGGAGAGACACAUGGAACGAGAGGUUAAUGAGGUAAUCGG